AUGACCGAUAAAUUUCCCAACAACUUGAUUCAACUGGGAUUUCUUUAUGUGGUGCCUCUUCAUCUCCUAGAGCUCUGCACUGCUUUUGUCACAGUCAAUUUAGCAUUGACGACACUCGCAGAAGGAAAAAAAACAGCAUCCAAAGCCAAUUUUAGAGGCACUCUUGUCACAUCCAUCUGGGUUCUUUUCUUCUCAACUUGCACUGUACUUGGAUCAGUAUGGUUAGCAUCAAUCUACUAUGUUAUAUUGAACAACUUGGGGUACAACUGUAAGCUGUAUUUUGGAGUGUUAUAUAGGGCAGCUUGUAUGGCACUGCUGGCAAAGUACUUAGAAUGGAGGUCUAUAUGGAACAUGGCCAUAGUGGUUUCAAUAUUGGAGGAUGCAAAUGGAGCUAAUGCAUUGAUACUAUCUGCUCAUCUAAGCAGAGGCAACGAGCGGCAAGGGCUUCUCAUAACGCUUGUUUUCUCUGUUUUGGGGCUUGCUUUAAGGUGGUCAGGGCUCUUUUUUGAAUGCUAUGAAAGAGGAAAUGGGAUUUUUGCUCAGGUUGGGCUUUUCUGCAUGGUUAAUGUGGUGAAGUGGGUCGUAUAUAUGGUUUAUUUUGACAACUGCAAAAGGCGGAUUUUGAAGAAGAAAGUUGACAUGGAAAUGGGAAAAGUUGAGAGGAGUAAUCUGAGAACAGAGAAAACAGAACCUGCUGAUAAUAAUAGUUCAGAUUGUAGAACAAAACUAGAAACAGAGUAG